AUGGAAUCGACGCUGGGCUACGGAUCCGCGCCUUGGGACGCUCACUACGCUUCGACGGACACCUGUACAGCCGCUCGAGCACCUCGAAGACGCUCGCAUGGCGUCGAAACCUCCGAAGCCGCACACCUUCCCUCGUUCCCAGACUCUGCAGCCGCCUUCUGCCAUUCACAGGACGUCGGCGUCCACAUGCGACGAUCGGCUCGAUGGCGGUACUCGGACACCCUCGACGAGACGGUCGGACCGUCCUGGCAAUCUCGUCGCUCGCUGGAGCCGUCGUCGUCCGUUCGGCGCAAGCGCUUGGGUGUAUCGGCGUUCUGCGACGACUGGGACGACGUUCCACCUCUCUCCCCUCGUCACCGCUCUCCUUCCGCCUCGACUUCCUCCGAAUCGCUCUCACCUCGAAUCGCCCGCAUCGCCGCCUUCACCUCCAAGCUCGCCCAGAUCACCAGCACCCGCACAGGCUUCGAAGACGCAGUGCGGAUACACGCGGGCGCGACCAGCUUCGACUUGCCUCAACUCGAGCUACCUUGGCUGCCGACUCUUUUUCCACACGGCACGCCCGUCCUCGACGUCGACGACGAGUCCGCACCUUUCUCGCCCUUCCCUUCCAGCGAUUCGUCCUUCUCAGCCUCCUCCUCCACUCCCUUCGUCACUCCCCUCCCAACACCCCUCGCAGACCUCCCCUCCUUCCUCCCCUCCCGCCGGCUCUCCACCUCACCCUCCGCCCUCUCACCCCGCUCAACUCGCUCCUCGAUUGACUCGGUCUUCUCCACCCUCUCGCUCUCCCCCCAGACGGCGGAAGACACACCCCUCACGAGCGCCGCACCUUCGACGACUACCUCUCCGCGACACUCGUUUGCGGAUCUUUGCGAGACGCAGCCUUCGUUCGGGGAUUGUAUAUAG